UGCAAAAAAAAAAAAUAAUAAUAAGAAAGGUGCAGGAGCAAGUUUUGGAAGCCAAAUAUACUAAUAAUAAUUUCAUAGGUUUCUUUGCCUAAGAAGAAGAAAGCUCAGUCAGUGUAUGCCGCAGUGGUUAAUUCAGUUCUGGCAACAAAUUUUUGAUUGAAAAUCAAUCGUCGGGGUCGUCACCGUCCAUUGGAAACAAAGGCCGAUUCAUGUGGGCAUCAGUGACCUCCAGCAACAUUCGAACUCUGUGCUACUGCCGUGUUCUCCUUCCACGUGUUUUCGUGUAUCCAACAUCUCUUCGAGCUUCCUCCGCUGCUCUGGUUUUCAUGGACAACUCUAACAGCACUAGCAGCAGUAGCUCUUCUUUUUCGUCCUUUGCGCGUUCAAGUAGGAGUGGUGGCAGAGGAAGAGACUUGGAUAUGAAAAAUGACAGAGAAAGAUCGAGAGGCCGUGGCGGUGGCGGUGGCAAAGAUAAGAUUGAUGCACUUGGUAGAUUAUUGACUCGAAUUUUGCGCCAUAUGGCUUCUGAAUUGAAUUUGAAUGUGCGGAAUGAUGGUUAUGUGAAGGUUGAUGAUCUGUUGAAGCUAAAUGUGAAGACAUUUGCUAAUAUCCCAUUAAGAUCACAUACCAUUGAUGACAUUAGGGAGGCUGUCAGGAAGGAUAAUAAGCAGCGCUUUAGCCUUCUGGAAGAAAAUGGAGAGCUUUUGAUACGUGCAAACCAAGGGCACACAAUAAAGACAGUUGAAACUGAAAGACUAUUAAAGCCAAUACUCUCCGCUGAAGAAGUUCCAGUGUGUGUACAUGGUACCUAUAGGAAGAAUUUGGAAUCCAUAUUAGGGUCUGGUCUAAAACGCAUGGAAAGACUGCACGUCCACUUCUCAUGUGGCUUGCCAGCAGAUGGGGAAGUGAUCAGUGGAAUGCGACGAGACGUUAAUGUUUUGAUCUUUCUCAAUGUCAAAAAAGCUUUGGAAGAGGGGAUGAAGUUGUACAUUUCAGACAACAAGGUGAUAUUGACUGAAGGUUUUGAUGGUGUUGUUCCCGUCAGCUACUUUGAGAAGAUAGAAUCAUGGCCCGGCAGACAACCUGUUCCUUUUUGAUCCAUUAAUUCCAUUUGUCAUGUUAAAUCUGAAUUAACCAAUUUACUUAUCAAUAGAAAUUGAAUUUGUAUAAUAUUAUAUUAUAUUUAUAUAUUUUGUUUUAUUUUAA